CGCACACAUACAACUUGACAGCAUUACAAAAAAAGGGUCAAUAUAGAAGUUUUGAUAGAGUUUCUCAAAUGUUCAUUCAAAAGAUCAUUUUACAGACAGCUUUUCGAAAUAGUUCCAAUAAAAUUAAACAACUCGAUUAAAUGGCACAGAACAGCGUACAUGUAACACACACGUUACAGACAAAACCUUCAAUAUUUGAACUUAUUGCGGCAGAUUCACUUCAAUCAACUUUUUAUCCAGCACUCAAAAGGAUUGCCCAUUUCUUAGUCACUUUAAAUCCAACAAAAUAUGGAUGGUUAUCAAAAUAUUAUGAUGAGCUAAACUUAUGUCUUAAUUCACUUAUUCAACAGCAUUAUAUUCGUUGCUAUGGCGGUUCUUUCGCUGAAGUGUUUUACAGUUUGUCUCGGAUUCACAGUAGUAGCGGAAAAUUAUCUUCAUUUGAUAAAGUUAUGAUAUUUUUUGUUUCUACAAUUGUACCAUACAUUAGUGCAAAGUUUUCAAGAAAGAAGAAACAAUGGGAGGAAGAUUGUGAAAGUGAUGUUAUUGAUGUGAAGGAACUACGAUACAAGGAGACAUUCAUUAAAGCCCACAAUAUUGUCAAAGGAAUUUAUGAUUGUUUUCUAGUAUUGCAAUAUAUCAGAUUUAUUUCAGAUCGAAGUAAAACACACUCCAUUUUUGAUCAAAUUAUUGGUCAACAUUUAGUUUAUAUAUCUUCUAAUACAAAUUUGGAUUGGUCGUGGUCUGAUUUAUUUUCAAUGAAUUUUCGAAAGUCGGCUUUUGUGACGGGAAUAGUGUUUCGUACCUUGGAAUUAUCAGCAUUCUUUCUUCAGUUUGUACAAUGGUGGCAAAAUGAGGCAAGAAUUGGGAAUUUGAUAAAACUACCGAAUCCAGAUCCACCAUCAUAUUCAAAUUCGCUUCUUACACCAAGACAAUAUGAAAAUAUUUGUCCAGUUUGCUUACAAAUGUGGAAGAUUCCAACAGUUAAUCGGAUUUCUGGAUAUGUCUUUUGUUUCAAAUGUAUUGUAAACUAUUUGGGUAUCAAUUUUCAUUGUCCGGUCACUAAAUAUGCAACAUCAAUCAACGAUUUAGUACGAAUUUAUGAUUAUUAAGUGGUUUUUUUCUUUUCUCUCAGCUAGUUUGAGAGAGGUAUUGAACUAAGGUGAAAAAUAAAGACUCUCCAAAACAUGUUUUCUAUGCA